AAUAGUUGAGAGCAGCACACUGGCAGAGGUUGUGGAGAUGCUCAUAGCCUGAAUGCCUUCUAUUUGAACCGUGCUCUCCUUUCUCUCCAACCAAAUCUUCGCCUCUUCGGUCACUGCUUGUUCGGCAGACUCAGCAGACUCAGCAGACUCGGCACUGAACGUAAAAGUCCUAUUCCAGACGACUUCUCUAUCACUUCUUGUCGCUGCAGGAGUAUUGGCAACUUAACCGAUCAGCUCCUAUAGGCAUUUUAAACCUUUCGGCAGCAGCAUCAGAAGAAGCUUCUCUCAAAAUGAGUAAUCGGUCUUUGUUCGCUGUAGUGCUUCCUUCUUACCCAUUCCUCCUAAUUCCAAGGCAGAGAAAUCUUAUCGAGUAACCCAUGAGAAACCAAUACCCAUUGAAGUUCUUCUUACGAUUCUGUUGCAGACAUCACAGUCAAACCAUUGGCAGGAAAAUCUCCAAUUUAUCUACCUUGAUUUCUGCUCUUCGUCUUUCAGAAAACCCAUUUCCCUCUAUUAAUGAAUUGCGUUACCGAAGGCGUGAAUUUGCCCAACUACUUCAAGUUCCAGACCAACAUAAUAUCUACUACAAAAGUGUUCAUAGUCAGAUGGUAGUUUUAGGUUUUCAAUCAGAUGUUUUUCUAGCCAACAUUCUUUUACAUUCGUAUUCAAAAUCCAAUUCUCUACUUAAUGCAGAGCUAAUAUUCGAUAAAAUUCUCGGAAGGAACUUGAUCACAUGGUCUUCAAUGAUUUCCAUGUAUACCCAUCAUGGUCAGAAUGAAGAAGCUUUGAUGAUCUUCUCCGAAUUUCGAAAAUCUUCCUCAGAGAAUCCGAACGAGUUCAUCUUAGCUAGUGUUUUGCGUGCUUGCACGCAGUUAGGGGCCGUUGAUCAAGCCACCCAAGUACAUGAUUUUGUUAUCAAGGCUGGGUUUGAUCAAGAUGUCUAUGUUGGUACCUCUUUAAUUGAUUUUUAUUCAAAGAAUGGAGAGAUAGAAGAAGCAAGAUUGGUUUUUGAUGAUCUACUGAUGAAGACUGCGGUCACUUGGACUACCAUGAUUACUGGAUAUUCGCAAAGUGGAAAAAGUGAAGUUUCACUGCAGUUGUUUAUCCAAAUGUUGAAAACUGAAGUCCUUCCUGAUAGAUAUGUUCUCUCGAGUGCAAUAAGUGCUUGUUCAAUGUUAGAGUUUCUUGAAGGAGGGAAACAGAUACAUGCCUAUGUGUUGAGAAAUGGAACAGAAACCGAUGUUUCAGUGAUAAAUGUCCUCAUAGAUUUAUACUCAAAGUGUCAUAGGGUGAAAAUUUCUAGGCAAUUAUUUGAUCAGAUGGUUCUUAAGAAUGUUGUCUCAUGGACAACGAUGAUUGCAGGGUACAUGCAGAAUUCAUGCCACUGGGAUGCAGUGAAGUUGUUCUCAGAAAUGACCCAACUGGGGUGGCAGCCAGAUGGGUUUACUUGCACUAGCAUUCUCACCUCCUGUGGUUCGGCGGAGGCAUUGGAACUAGGGAGACAAGUUCAUUCUUACACCAUCAAAGCCAAGUUAGAAUCCGACGAGUUUGUGAGGAACAGUUUGAUCGACAUGUAUGCCAAAUGUAACUCUCUGGAUGAUGCUAAAAUUGCCUUCGAUACUAUGCCUGUACACAAUGUUAUAUCUUGCAAUGCUAUGAUUGAAGGGUAUGCAAGACAGGACAAGGUCUUUGAAGCUCUGGGUCUUUUUAAUGAUAUGAGGCUUAAAUCAUUCCAUCCAAGCCUCUUGACCUUUGUUAGUAUUCUUGGGGUGUCAGCUUCAUUAUCCACCAUGGAUUUGAGCAAGGAAAUCCAUGGUCUUGUUAUUAAGAGUGGAAUAUCGUUAGACAUUUAUGCUGGUAGUGCCCUAGUGGAUGUUUAUUCCAAGUGCUUCUGUGUUGAAGAUGCAAGACUCGUGUUUGAGGAGAUGAAUGAAAGAGAUAUUGUAGUAUGGAAUGCAAUGGUUUUUGGGCAUACCCAAAAUGGACAGGGCGAAGAGGCUUUCAAACUCUUCUUAGAAUUGCAGUCUUCAGGACUGAAACCUAAUGAGUUCACCUUUGUUGGAGUUAUAACAGCAGCCAGUAACCUAGCAAGUCUCGUACAUGGCCAGCAGUUCCAUAGCCAGCUCAUAAAGUCUGGCCAAUACCUGGAUCCAUAUGUUUCUAAUGCUCUUGUAGAUAUGUAUGCAAAGUGUGGAAGCAUUGAAGAGGCUCACAAAAUGUUUCAUACGACAUGUCGAAGAGAUGUUGUGUGUUGGAACUCCAUGAUCUCGACAUAUGCACAUCAUGGGCUUGCUGAUGAAGCGCUUCAGAUGUUCCAACAGAUGCAAGAUGAGGGAAUAGAACCCAACUAUGUUACAUUUGUUGGUUUGCUAUCUGCCUGUAGCCAUGGUGGGCUCGUUGAAAGUGGCCUUUGUCUCUUUGAUUCAAUGGCUACAGAGUUUGAUAUCAAAGCAGGGACAGAACAUUAUGCCUGCGUGGUUGCUCUCUUGGGACGAGCAGGGAGACUGCAUGAAGCCAAGGAGUUUAUUGAGCACAUGCCAAUUGAACCUGCAGCAAUUGUAUGGCGCAGCUUUCUCAGUGCAUGUCGGGUAGCUGGCAAUGUUGAAAUGGGGAGAUAUGCUGCAGAGAUGGCAAUCUCCAUUGAUCCAAAAGAUAGUGGGUCCUAUGUUCUACUUUCAAAUAUUUAUGCAUCUAGAGGCAUGUGGGCGGAUGUUGAGAAGGUGAGGAAGGGGAUGGACUGCAAUGGAGUGUUGAAAGAACCAGGCCAUAGUUGGAUCGAAAUUGAUAGCAAUGUUCAUGUGUUUAUUGCAAGAGAUAAAACUCAUGGCCAGGCUGAUUUGAUCUAUUCGGUAUUGGACAGGUUGACCCUACAGAUCAAAGGAGUUGGGUAUGUGCCUGACACUGCUACAUGUUUGUUAGAAGAUUGAGGAGAGAUGGUAUCAUGAUCAAACGGGAAACCUGUUUUGAACUUUGAUCCAUAUUCAAAAUAGAAACCUGAACCCAAGUUGGGGCAUGGAUUAGGGUGGAAAUUUAUAUCCAGUGGGGUCCUUGAAUUUUGAUCUCUUGAUCUAUGUUCGAAAUAGACACAUGGGUCCAGAUAUGCUCAUUUAAGUGGACUUGUAUGAAGGAUUCAAUAUUUUGGUCUUUCAACCAUCCAAAAGUGGUCGGUGAUAAAAGAUUUGGAACCACAGUAGUGAAUGCAACAGAGCCCACCUGCUUUCCAAUUCCAAAUGGUUUAAAUUGCAGAUAUCUGGUCUGUGCGGGUGCUUUAUGUGGAUUGGGAAAUGAGGCUUAUGUAUCAAAGACUAAGUAGAUAUUAAGAAAGCUGAGAAAAUUGCUGAAGAAGUGCCCAAAUAUUUAUGAAGAGACAGAGAGAGAAAGAGGCUUUCCCCCUCACUUUCAUGAUCACUGGGUCCAUUGAUUGCAAGAGCAGGGUUCAUCUUGUUGAGAAUGACAUGCUAUUUAUUUGAUUCUUCAUUGUCAUUUCUUGCUCUGCUUGGAAGUAUCAAUUGGCCAUUUUAUUUUUUCUCAUGCUAUGUUUGAUAAAUAUCAUGUAUUAUAUUUGCUCUCUUUUCCAUCCAGGAGUUCCAAAAUUUAUCUUGAUCUCUGUUCACGAUUAUAAUCUACCUUCAUUUCUUUCUACUUUCCUCUGGACACUUCGCUGGAAAGAGGAAAGCAGAAUCAGAGGUUCUUUCCAAAUACCCAUGCUCAGGUGAUAUGACUGAUUCCUCAAUCCUUUAUCCUUGAUUCUUGAGAAAAACUGUUAGGACAAUCUAAUAAUGUCUUACUGGUGUACAUGGAACACAAACAUGGGGUUGGGAACCACCAUUCAGUGGGUUAGACUUGGAGAGCUUUCUGCAAAUAAUUGACUGAUAGAAUCAUAGGCUAAGCCAGUAUUGGCGGGGCUUAUUUGGGGUCUAGAAGACUGCCAACAGAAGAAUUUAUCUAUUUUUCAUCUUGAUAGUUGAAAGAUAUGGCAUGGAAUCACCGAAGCUGUUUCACUAACAUAUUCUCAUUGUCAAUUGAAUAAAAUCAUGGCAAACCUAUUUUUGAUUGGCUGCAUCCAUUCCUCGUUGAAGUUGGCAUUCAUGUCAUCUUCAUUGCUUCAAUUUUGGGUUUUUGUUUAUGUAACCAAUUAUUUCUUGAAUUAAAAAUUUUCAGGUGUGGUGUUAAGACCACGGGAAGUUGAUGGCUUUGAGAUACCACUUGCUCUCAUAGGGGAACCACUUGAGAGGUUUCUUCGUGCAACUGAAAAAUUUACAAAACCAUUGAGCUCUCUUCCAGCAUCCGAUCUUCUCUUGGCCCCACCCAUUAGUGUUGAUGAUGUUGCACUUGCAGUGAUAAAUGCAGUCAUACAUGAUGAAUUCUUUGGUGUUUUCAUUAUUGAUCAAAUCAAGGAAGCUGAAGCCAAAGUGCGGGUGUGAAACUGUGGAACUAGAACCACGUAUACAUCUUUACAUCUGGUGUCUUCUAAAAUAUAUAAUGCCUCCAUUUUGAAUGAUAUGGAUGAAACAGUUCAGUGUAACCCUCCUCGCUGAGGUUGCCAUAAGUUUCUUUUGAAUGAAACCAAGAUGCCACGGGACAUCAUAACACUA